AUGCAAUAUACACAACCAAAGUUCAAGCUCUCAGUUCUUAUUCAAGCCACAGCUAAGGAAGUACGAGAACAACUCUCUAGGGCUAUUGACGAGACAGCUGAAAUAGUCUUGUAUGGUCUUGUCUACUGGUUCCGUAUCUGGGACCAUGAAUAUAAUUUAUUUCGGACUAAAUAUUUAAUGAUGUGGCUUGAUUUCUUAAUAAAAGACGUGGAAUCUAAUUUGCUUGAUUCUAAACCAUUGGUUCAUCUUUUAACUCUCAUACGUACUGGUUAUUAUGAACCAGAUAUUGAGCACUUUAAUUGA